GCCCCCCCUCGACUUCGCCCCAACGGACCCAGAACACCCGCGAUCACCGGCGCGCACCGUUCCCGAGUCCGAUUGAGCUUCGUUCCAAGGCAUCGCGCGCCUCCUAUAGCCGUCCCUCCUCCGCCCCUCCGGUCCACCCCACGAAACCCUAACCCCAUCCCGCUCCCGCGCGCGGUCGCCAUGGGCAUCGAAGAGGGCCCCAUCUCCCGGCGCUCCAGCUCCAGGCGCCACCGCCGGCCGCCCGGCGACGACGCCUCCUCCCCGAAGCGCCAGAAGCGCAGCCAUCACCGCCAUCACCACCGCCACCACGGCCACGGCCGCGGGGACAGGGGAGACCAGGAGUCGGGCUCGCGGCCGCGGGUGUCGGGGGCGAGGCCGGGGGAGCGCGAGGUAGAGGAUGGUGAGAUAGUAGACGACGCCGCCGCCGCCUCAAGGGGGCCGGGUGCCGACUUCGGCAAGGCGGGGUCGGUGUUCGGCAGUCUGGCACCUGCUCCGGGAUGUGAUGACAAAUUUGAUGCAAACAAGAAGUGUAGAGAGGCCAACCACAGAAGAAAGAGAUCUGAGGAAAUCAAGGAACAAUCUCAAGUAAGGUUUCUCAUAUCUGGUGAUCAAAGGACGGCAUGUGUUUCAGGAGUUCAAGAGGGCAUUCCCAUGGGUGCAAGAUCUUCAGAUAUACUCUGCGAUGAUAUUUUUGGAGUAUCUCCUAUUAGAGUUCAGAAAUCGGGUAAUCUAGAAGGUAUGCAUGUGAGAAAAAAUUCGCUUCGCGACAACUGGGAUGAUGAGCAUGGAUAUUACAAGUACCACUUAGGGGAAGUGCUAGAUGGCCAUUACAGAAUUACAGCAGGCUCUGGGAAGGGAGUUUUCUCAACAGUUGUCCAGGCAAAGGAUCUAAAAGCCGGGGAAAAUGAUCCUGAAGUAGCUAUCAAAAUUAUCUGCAAUGAAAAAGAAAGGUACAAAUCUGGUAAGAGGGAGGUUUCUGUACUGGAAAAAUUGUCAAGUGCAGAUCGUGAAGACAAACGACACUGUGUCCGGUUUAUUUCUAGUUUCAUGUAUCGGGAUCAUCUCUGUUUAGUUCUUGAAUCCCUUCAUAUGAAUCUUCGUGAGGUUAUAAAGAAAUUUGGUCGUGAUAUAGGGCUGAAGCUUACUGCUGUAAGGACGUACUCGAAACAGCUUUUCAUCGCAUUGAAGCACCUAAAGGAUUGCAGUAUCCUCCAUUGUGAUAUUAAACCAGAUAAUAUACUGGUAAAUGGGUCUAGAAACAUGUUGAAACUCUGUGAUUUUGGUAGUGCUUUGCCUGCCGGAAUAAAUGAUAUCACACCAAUUCUUGUGAGCCGCUUCUACCGGGCACCUGAGAUAAUUCUUGGAUUGCCGUACGACCAUUCAUUGGAUAUGUGGUCAGUAGGCUGUUGCCUAUAUGAACUUUACACAGGAAAAAUCUUAUUUCCUGGUGGGACGAACAAUGGCAUGCUUUGGCUUCACAUGGAAUUGAAGGGUCCGUUCCCUAAGAAGAUGCUUCGAAAGGGAGCUUUUACAACUCAACACUUUGACCAGGACCUUAAUUUCCAUGCCACUGAUGAGAAUCUGGUGAAGAAGGCGGUGAAUAAAGUGUGUAUGAACGUUAAACCAAGUGGUGUUGGUCCCAAAAUAUCAAGCUUCCCAGGCGAGGAUCCGAAAAUGCUAUCCAGGUUUAAAGAUCUCCUGGAGAAAAUAUUUGUGCUCGAUCCACAAAAGAGGCUCACUGUGUCACAAGCGCUUAGCCAUCCAUUUAUCACUGGCAAGUGAAAUAAAGAUGAUCAUACUUCUCACUUGUAACAUAUUGAGCAUUUGAGCUUAGCUUCUUUUUUCUGAACUAAAUUACAUGUCUAACCGACGUGCGGUUCUGUCAUUUCCUUGUGAGGUUUUAGCUUUGAGAUGUUUGAUACCAGGACGAAGCAUGGGAGGGCGAAAAUGCGCUUUGUUGGCCGAGCUACCUGGAGGCCGUUAUCACAUCCGUCAGUACUUGUCGUGAUCAGCGCUGAGCGGGUAUGCAGCUACCGUAUUUUCAGUCCAGUCUGUUGCACAGUACCCGUAUUUGGACAGGACCUGAGAGGCCUGUCCAUGAAUUCAGAGGAAAAACUGAAGAACACUAGGAAUUUGUGGGCGAAUUUUGGGGGAUUUUCAUUCACGCAGAGUAGCUCGAACUAGGGUUUGGCCAGCCGGAACACGGCGGCUGAUAAGGGCCAAGCCCGAUUACAAUCUGGAUGCCCCAAGGAGGAGGCCUCCGGGGUCUAAAUAUACAGCUGGAAGGGAAAAGCAAGACAGCGACAGGAAACUGAUUACAGUACAACGCAGUAACUUUUGAAAAAGUAAAAGACUAUCUUGGGCCGUCCACUUGAAGAUCAACGGAGGACGUCGCAGGAGGCUUGAUGAAGUGGUAAGUUGCUCUGUUGCCGUCGGAUCGUAGAUCGACAGCCAUCGCUCGAAUUGACACGCUGAAGCGGUACUGAAGCUUAUCAGGUAUUGUCGAUGACUGCUACAGUCCUGACAAUUCCCCCCUGCAAAGAACAGACUUGCCCUCAAGGCUGGAGCUCCGGGAAAACCUUCUGGAUGAACGAGGCGUCUUCCCACGUGGCUUUUUCCGCUGGUAAGUUCACCCAUUUGAUGAGCCACUGCACGACUGGGAUGCUGAUGUCUCCUUGCACUCUGGGAAUGAGUUUUCUCUGCAGUAUGGCUUCAGGUUGUAUUAGAAUGUGUCCCUCAUCAUCGAUCAGUGGUAGUUGUGGGUUGGGCACUGCCUCAGGCCCCAGAUGUUUCUUCAACUGACUGAUGUGAAAUGUUGGAUGUAAUUUGCAACCCUCAGGAAGGAGUAAUCUGUAGGCUACUCUCCCAAUUUUCUCCAAGACUUUAAAAGGGCCAUAGUACUUGGAGUGCAAUUUAAGAUGUUUGUGGAUGCUUAAGCUGGUGUGCCUGUAAGGUUGUAGCUUGACAUAGACCAUAUCUCCCACCUCCAGUGUUCGGUCAGAUCUUUUCUUGUCAGCAAAAUAUUUCAUUCUGUCUUGGGCCUUAAGGAGAUUUUGCUUGAUUUGGGCUGCAAUGGUAUCUCUGUCCAGCUCUGCUGUCCCAUCUUCCUCUUCAGAUGGUGGUAACAUAAGUUCAGCAAUAAGAGGAGGAGGUCUUGCAUAUAAUGCUUGAAAAGGUGUCAUUUUCAAGGAUGUAUGAAAGCUGGUGUUGUACCACCAUUCUGCCAUGGACAGCCACUUGUACCAUUUCUUGGGAUGAGCAAAUGCCAUGCAUCUGAGAUAGUUUUCCAAGCAUUGAUUUACCCUUUCUGUAUGUCCAUCAGUUUGAGGGUGGUAAGAUGUGCUGAGAUGCAGUUUCACUCCCAUUUUCUGGAACAGUUUCUGCCACAGAUGACUGGUGAAUAUUCUGUCUCUGUCAGUUACCAUUACUGUAGGAAGGCCAUGCAGUUUGAACACAUUAUCAGUGAAAGCUUGUGCUACUGUUGUGACAUUGAUGGGGUGUUUAAGGCCAAUGAAAUGAGCAUAUUUAGUGAACCUAUCAACUACCACCAGUAUCAGGUCUUUGUUGUCAGAAACAGGUAGUCCUUCCACAAAAUCCAUACUGAUGUGUGUCCAUGCAAAGUCUGGGACAGGCAGGGGUUGCAGGAGACCAGGAUAAGGGAAAUGGUGUGCUUUGUUGAGUUGACAUACUGGGCACUGUUGGACAAAGUUUUUAACUGCUUGUCUCAUGCCUGGCCAGGUGAACAGAAUUUUGAGUCUGUGAUAUGUAGCUCUCUCUCCAGAAUGGCCACCUAAUUCAGAUGUAUGGAAAGAAGUGAUGAGAGAUGCUCUCAGUUCUGUGACGUUGCCAAUGAGGAUUUUUCCUUUAUAUCUCAGGACACCACUGGUGAGGGAAUAAGGAGGUUUUCCAGGAGCAAUAGCUAGCUGUUCCAGGAGUUCUGAGCAUUUGAGAUCUUGUUUGUAGCUGUUUACUACUUCUGUUAUCCAUGUUGGAAUGGCAGCUGUAGAGGUGAGAGCUUGCAGAGCAUACUUGACUCUGGAGAGGGCAUCUGCUACUUUGUUUUCUUUUCCUUUCUUGUACUCCACCUUGAAUUUGUACCCCAAAAGCUUAAUUAACAGUUUGUGUUGAAUACCUUCUGUUAAUUUCUGCUCUUGAAUGUGUUUGA